AUGGCGUCUGCAAGACGAGAAAGCAGGACGAUAGUGGUCGACAGUUACCGUAAAUUGACCAUACCACUAUCAGAAGGAACGACCAAGAAAACCACACCAAUAUCUCAACGGCGCAUGUCUAAACCAGGACCAAGCAAUCUAAAAAUAACAGAGGAAACAAAAAAGAGUACUUCCGGUAACAAAUCUCCGACAGUAGAACGGCGCAUGUCCAAAAACCUGCCAUUCCUUGUUAUACGAGACAAGAAUUUAACAGAUGCCCAUAUGGAGGAGAUAAUAGCCUCGUUCGAACUGAUAGACCUAAACAGUGAUGGUCGGAUAUCGAAAGGUGAACUGAUUAAGGCUGCAGCACUGUUGGGGAUGAACCCAACUGAGGAGGAUGCUAAAAACAUGAUGAGACUAGCUGACCUUGACGGCGACGGUUUCAUCGACUUUGAGGAAUACAAGAACAUGAUGAGACACAACUAUAUUGAAAUAGACAUUGAGAAGGAGAGACUGCUUGCAGCAUUUCGUGUCAUAGACAAAGACAAAGAUGGAUUCUUAAGUCGGGACGAGCUCAGGUCGGCGCUUACAUUUAAAUCCCCGCCCGAAAACCAGAUGGACGUGGAGCAGUUCAUUCAGGAUGCUGACGUUAAUGACGAUGGGCAGAUAGACUACACGGAAUUUGUGAAUUCCCAAUUGUGUACGAAGAUUUUUUCUUAG